GGCCGUGGAGGGCGGGGCCAGCUGCUGCUAGCGAUACCUGCUAGCUCUGUGAAGAUGGCCAGCUGGGGAAGGAUCGCUUCUCUUUUUGGGGGGCUUUUGCGCUCUCCACGGAGCAUUAAAGUAUUAGGUUUACGCCGUGUUGUCGGCCCUGGCGUUUUGGGGUCUUUGGUUGGAGCCGGGGUCGUUUGUUAUUACAAAUACAUUGAAAACAAGCGGACGCUUCCAUGCAGAGUAUACGCCAAAGAGGAGGAACAAAAAGAUGCAGUCGGCACAAACCUGUCGGCCAGGAGGCUCCGUUUUAUCCAGUUUGCAUCCGUGGUGUAUCAGGACGAGCCUUACAUGACACCCAGAGACUUCCUGUACUCUGUGAUGCUCGAGAACGUGGACAGAAAGCUGCAGAAGAGAGCAUUAACAGAAUGUGAGGCAAAUAACAUGUUGAGAGCAGCCUCCAAAGCCGUAGCAGGGAGUUAUCUGUUUCGAAGCCUGGGGGACAAUGGUUUGAUAUCCUACACAGAGUAUCUCUUUCUACUGACAAUCCUGACAAAGCCACGGACUGGAUUUCACAUUGCUUUCAAAAUGCUGGAUGUAGACGGCAAUGAACAGGUGGACAAGAAGGAAUUCCUGAAGCUCAAGAAAAUAAUAAGAAAAAGUAAAAAAGUGUCACUGGCCAAGGACAGUGUUGAGAGCCCAGCAGAGGAAGAGGUUGUGAAUACCACUCUUCAGGCCUACUUUUUUGGGGUGAAAGGGCAAAACAAGUUGCAGUAUCAGGACUUCCGCAGGUUCAUGGAGAACCUCCAGUCUGAGGUCCAGGAGAUGGAAUUUCUGCAGUUCUCCAAAGGGAUGGACACUAUGCGUCGAGAGGACUUUGCUGAGUGGCUGUUGCACUACACCAAUGAGGAAGACAAUGAAGUCUACUGGCAGAACAUGAGGAAGAAGAUCCCUGCUGGACAAAGUAUCACUUUUGAAGAAUUCAGAGCCUUCUGUCUCUUCACAAAUAAUCUGGAGGAUUUUGCUGUUUCUAUGAAAAUGGUCACAGAAGCAAAUCGUCCAGUUGGGAUGGCUCAGUUCAAGCGGGCCGUCCGAAUCGCCACAGGACACGAUCUGUCCGACAAUGUCCUGGACACGGUGUUUAAACUAUUCGACAUGGAUGGAGACAACUGCCUGAGCCACAAAGAGUUCAUUGGUGUGAUGACAGACAGAGUGCUGCGUGGUCUCAAGAUUCAGCCUCAGACUGGCAUCUCUGGCUAUUGGAAGUGUGUGAAAAGAGAGACCCUGAAGGGUGCGAAGGAGGCUCUUGGCGACGGCGCAUGUCCCAUUUAGAUGAUUUAUGAUGAUGAUAAUGAUUAAUGUUAAUAACCACUUUAUCAUGUUUACACAAGUGUCGUGGCAAUCUAUUACUGGGUUUGAUAUUAAGUAUGGAAUAUGGAAUGUUUUUUGGGGUUUUUUUUCCCCAAUUUUAAUUUGAAUAGCGAAUUGUGAAUUCAAAUAUUCAGCUGUGGUUUGUAUAAAUGUAAGAAAUGCCAAAUGAAUGCACUGUAUAUACAUGAUUUUUAGAAAUAAAUGACUCGAGACAAAUAAAACCAGCUAUACC